AUGGUGGACACGACCGUGAACGCGCAGGUGUACGACAUCGACGGCUUCGCCACGCCCGCCGCGACGAUCCGACGGCUGCAGGCGGCGGGGCGCAAGGUGAUGUGCUACUUCAGCUUCGGGUCCGCCGAGGACUACCGCGCCGACUACUCCCAGUUCCCGCGCUCCACGCUCGGUGGCCUCGUCUGCAACAGCGACGACUGCUCCCAGGUGUGGGAGGGCGAGCGGUGGCUGGAUGUUCGCAGCAACGCGGUGCGGAGUGUACUGGAGAAGCGCGUGCAGCUGGCGAAGCGCAAGGGGUGUGACGGGAUAGAGCCGGACAACGUGGACGCAUGGAGCAACAACAUCAUGUACAAGCCCAUCAGCCGCUUCAAGAUCACCGCUAAUGACCAGGCCAACUUCAACCUCUGGAUCGCCCGCACUGUGCACAAGUACGGCAUGUCAGUGGGUCUCAAGAACCCCGGCGCCCUGCAGCCCUCCCAGAUGGCGGCAGCGUUUGACUGGGCGCUGGUGGAGCAGUGCAACGAGUACAGCGUGUGGGGCGGCGGCGGCGCGUGGUACAGCGGCAGCAAGGCUGUGUUUGUGGCUGAGUAUUCUGACUCCUGGGGAACAGCUGCCGGGCGGUAUCACGGUAAUUGCAUCCCUUCUCCUUCUCUCCCUGCCAAGGCUAUUUGUGCGGACAACAACGCACACGUUGUCACAACACAGCACGUCUACAGCAUGGACCUCGUGCCAGGCUACCACUAUCCCUUCAAUCACACCUCAUUCCCUUGCUACUGCUUCCCUGCUGCUGCUCCCCCCUCCCGCCAGGCCAUGUGUGCGGACAACAAUGCACACGGCUUCACAACGCGCCUUUACAAUAUGGACCUAGAGCCGGGUUACCGCUACCCCUUUGCUGACUGCCUGCGCCACAAGCCUGCUGGGUGCAACGCCAUGUGGCAGCAGUGCGUGCAGCCGUCUGUGUACAAGCUGUUCAUGCGCAGCGGUAUGAAGCGGUGGGAUGCGGUGGGGCAGUGCAUGCGCAGCAAGGCGGGGGUGUGCGCAUACACAUGA